AUGGAUAUGGAUGUAGUUGCAGUCUAUAACAACAACAUCAGCAAUCAUGAUAGUAAUAGCUGUAAAAUGAAUAGUAGUAGUAGUAGUAGUAGUAGUAGUAGUAGUAGUAGUAGUAGUAAUAGUAGGAUAUUGUCUUUGACUCCAAGUGGAGGAGGACUACCUCAUCUACUGUUGUUAAAGAUCAUUGGAUACAUUGACGACAACCAAGAUAUCAUAUGUCUGUUGCUGACUUGCAAGACAUACUAUUUCCAAUUUCGCAAAAAGUUUGCUGCUUCGAUGAUGUUUAAGCAUGUGAUGACGGCAGCACAGAUGGAGCUGCGCGAAUGUAUUGUGGAACAGUUUAUGGAACCGUUUGGUGAGAUUGCCCGUGAAUCAUCGGAAAUUGAAUUGUGUAUUCGACGUUUGGAACAUCACAAUGAAUACGUUUUGGUUAAUACUAAAAGCUCUUUUGACGGUGGUGCAAUCAUUAGACAACGCAGAAUGAUCAACACUAGCAUUGCCAAUAGGAGUAUACUCGAUUUCCAUCCAAUGUAUCUAAACUUUAUGCGACUUCGAGGCAAUAAUAAUAAUAAUAAUAAUAAUAAUAAUAGUAAUUAUUCACCGCACGCCUAUUAUACAAUCAAACAAAGUAGGAAUCCAAUCAAAACAAAAAAAGACACUUUUAUAAAUACUGAUGAAAAUAAUGAUUAA